AUGGGCUCACCUCGACUAACGAAGGAGGAAAAGGAAAAAGAAGAACAAGGAGGUUAUUGGAACUCAUCUUCUUCUUCUUCUUCUUCUUCUUCUUCUUCUUCUUAUGAGAAUAUUGAUCUAAACAAUAAUCAAAUCUUCAUGGUGGACUCACCUUUAUUAAAGAAGGAAGAAAAAGAAGAAGAAGAAGGAGAGUAUUACAAAAACUCAUCUUCUUCACCAGCAUUGCCAGAUGAUAUGUUGUAUGAGAUCUUAACUCAUGUAGCUCUUGAUGGUCUUCUUCAACAAUGUAGAUGGGUUUGUAGAGAUUGGAAUGCCCUCACGUAUGACUACACAUUCAAAGGCAUUCAUCGGCAAAGAACACAAUCAGUCUCUGGUUACAUAAUUCAAAGUCUUAAAAAGUGUAGAUAUAAGACCAAAUUCAUCUCCUUUGCAUCCUCUCCAUCUUCGAUCUCUCUCGACUUUAUGCCAACGACAGACUUCAAGAUUGAAGCCUCUUGCCAUGAGGCACAAGGUUUGAUUUGCUGCGUGAGUAAAGUCUAUCACACCCCACCAAGGUACUAUGUGUGCAAGCCAGUGUCAAGACAGUGGACAAGAAUUCCAAACCCUAAAACUCGUUAUGAAGCAGAGAGAAUGGGAAUGGUGGUAAUGAAGUCAGAUCCGUUGCAUUACAAGAUCAUUCGAUUUUCGAGGUCUAAGACGAAGUGUUACUGCUUGCAUUAUGAGAUAUUUGAUUCCAAGAAGUGGGCAUGGAGGAUGGGUUCUGAGGAUUUGAAGAUACCAAAUUAUUCUGUUUCAUUAUCUAUAGAUUCAGAAGUUCUAUUGCAUGGUUCUUUUCACUGGUUAACCAUUGGAUCAGAACCAAAGAAGAUAUUUGCUUUCGAUGUUGACAGAGAGAAUUGGAAGCUAAUUUCAUUACCUCCUCAAUCACAAUAUUCAAUAUCACCAUUAGAAGGAGAAGAAGAUUUAGACAUGAACUCUGAUUUCCGAAUUUCCAAAACGUUGGUGAAUUGUGAGGGACAUCUUGGGUUGGUAUACACUAGCCAGUCACAUGCGUGGAUGGAGCUGUGGGUGAUGGAGGAUUACUUGAAAGAGAGAUGGAAAAAGAAAUACAGGGUGAGCUUAGAAGCAUUGAACCAGAUGGUGACAGGAUAUCACCUGAUGACACUAGAGACAAUGGAUAUCAUAUUGGUCAACGGCUUUAACCAGCUGAUUUGGUAUGAUUGCAUCAGGGGAGUGCCUAUCAAAGUGAUGAAGACUCAAAAUCUAACUUCUACUCAUUCACUUCAUCUCCUUAAUUCUGAUAAUAUUUCUUGUAAUCUAGCAGAGCCAAUUAAAGAGUACCCAAUCCCAAUAGGAAGAAAAAAUAAGCUAGAGGUAGUGGAUAUAAAUUAA